CCAGGACGAACCAUACCACAACCAUACCGACAAAGCAUGUGACUGUGACUUAUUGCCUAAAGUCCCUUAACAUAUAUAUAUAUACCGGUACACGAAAAUACAACGAAAAAACAUUUAACCCCUUGUUUAACAAGUUCCAAUGUGUAUAGUAUAAACCGAGAAGUAAUUCAUUCCGAUGAUAAAAAUGGAAAAAAGUCAUUUAAAAGUUUGAAUCUUCAAACAUAAAAUGAGCGAGCCAACGAUCUUAAAACGUCCUAAGCCUUGCGAUGGUGAGGAAGAAUUGUUUCGUAUGCAAGAAGACUUUUUACGAACGAAACAAGAACCUUCCGCAAAAGUGAUAAAUCUCCGGGCUCAGGUGAAAGCCGCUGUGCCAAUGGAGACUAAUGAUCUUGGGAAUACAAAAUCAGAUGGUAGAAUCCGAUCGAAGUUCGCUGAACGCAGAGCCCUUGCACAACAACAAAAGUUAACUACUUCUCAAUCUGACGGACAAAUUAUACAUCCCAAAAUCGAAAAAAUCAUCAGCCAAAAUGAGUCUCCCCAUAUUAUUUCAGAUUCUGUACAGAAUUUACCUCUGAUCCCUUCGAGCGUUAUACUUGGAAGGAUAGUAGAAAAAAAAUAUGCAGAAGGAAAAAAUUCAUCAGAUUUCACCCAUGCUUCAUUAUGGGAUGACAAACAAAGAGGCUUUCCUGAUGUAUUUUGCGUUGAUCAAAAGGCAUCUGGUGCAGCAGGAAGUUUAUUUCUCCAGCAAGUAUCAAAAAACUUGCAGCCACAAACAUCACUAACUUGCCAUGAGGGAAAUACAAUUACUGCAAUACCCAGGAAAAAUAUGACAGUGAUGAAUCCUCUGAAGUCAGAGAUCCAUGAAGAAAAUCUGGAGAAAUUGAAAGCAAUGACUGCAAAAGAGAUACUGCAGGCAAAAUCUCAACUGGAGAGUACUUUGAGUCCAGAACUAAUAAAAUUUCUUCGAAGUAAAAAUAAAAUCUUAAACAAAUCGACAACAGAAACAAACAAGGAAAUUCGCCAUGAAAAAAUGGAAAUAAACGAAACGGUGUGGACAGAGUCAUUGGAAACACCAUUGAAAUCUGACAAUAACGAAACGAAGAUAGAAAUGAAUUCAACAAAAAUGGAUUACAAUUUUGAAAAAUUGGGAAACGAUACUCCAGCGAUUGAGUUGGCGGGAGCAGCAGCAGCAGAAGGAUGGAUGCACAUGGACACAAUUGAACGUGAAAAACUUGAGUGGAUGAAAGACGUUCCUGAUGGGAAUGACAAAACAACGCCGGAAGAGCCUUACAAUGCUCGCUUCGAUUUCAAUGGUGUACUUUUGCCAUUUCACGAUGAAAAUCUCACAGUGGAUAAGGGCUUACAUCACCAUGGUGAAGAGCCUGAUCGUCCAGGCUAUUCGUUGCAAGAAUUGUUGCAACUAAGCCGAUCGUCGAACCAACAACAGCGCUGCACUGCCCUCACAACUCUGGCAAAUAUAAUGGAAAAAAGUCGCAACGGGUGGUACGACAAAGUUCUUGAACCUGCUCCUCUCAUUGCUCUCAAUGAGAAAAAUAUUUUACUACUGCUCAGAUUUUCCUUGGAUGAUACCUCUGUCGCUAUUGUCACUGCUAGUAUGCAAGCACUUAGAGCUUUCUUAUAUAGCGAAGCCGACGAAAUUUGUUUGGAUAGACUCUUUGGUUGGCGUUAUUCCGAUGGAAACAUCCUUGAACCAGAAUUAACCGCUCCGAAAACAGAUGUAACCGAUACAAGUGCUUUGAAGGAUCACGAACUUGCUCAGUUGGACACCAUUGUUGCUGCUAUUCGAUCGGAUAUCGUUAUUCGUUUGAGGUAUGUUUUGAAUGAAAUGCAUCCACCGCCAAUAGGUGUGACCGCAGCUUUAGAAAUUUUGACGCGUUUGUCGAGACAAUCACGGACCACAGCAUUGAACAUUGCUUGCAUUCCAAAUUUACUUGAAAGCAUCGUUCAAAACUUUAUUCCUGUCGGCUUGAAUCGAUUCAGUCCGGAAGAUCCAACGAAAAAUGCAUACGGUUUUCCAAGUAUUGCUGCUGUCAGAUUUUGUCGUAUUUUGAUCACAUACGCGGGAAGACCUGUCGCUGAGAGGCUCGAUAAGCUGAAAAUUGUUCAUCGCAUCGUGUCGUACGCAUUCGACGAAUCCAUUUCUAGAUUCGUCGGAAUACGUCUCGCAAUCGAGAGUUUGCGUCUUUGGAAAUUAUUGCUAGCGCUUAAUGUCGCAGUGGACAGUAUUGCUGGAGCCCGCUUACAGCUUCUCUCACAAUUGCGCCUUCUCCUGGAUAAUCACGAUCUCGGUAGUUCGUCGGAAUUAAUGUGUGAGCAUGCAGCUGCUGUGAUCAAUGUUUCGAUUCACGAAAGUUCGUUGAUAUCUACUAUCAGGGAACUAUUGAACAAGUGGACUACCCAGCUGGCUAAAGUGUCCGCACCCACAUGGAGCCAAACCAAACUCGUGGCAAUUAUCCUAGCGAACCUGAAAGAUCCUUCGUUUAGUUGCCAGCUGCUUUCGAAUUCUAACAUGUUCGAUAGUUUAUGUUCUACAUCAAACUUACUGAGUGGUUACGUAUUGUCAAGUUCCCGGGACCCACCGUCACUCCCAAGUCUCGGAGUUUUAGCAGAAAAUGGUCAGGUGCAACCUGCUGUAUCUAUGAAUUCCAUUCUGCCGUUUCUUGGAACGUGGAUCAAAGUUUUAGGUGAUACGAAAAACGAAUCUAGAUUCGAGGAGCUCAAAACAUUGUUGAAUAACAAAAAUUUGGCGAAAUAUAUAGAAAGACUAUCGAGGGAAGAUUGGAGUCUCGAGAUUUCGUGGUACACGAGAAUCGAAUUAUUUCUCGUAACUGGAAUCGUUCGAUCUGUUAUGCGUUUUCAAAAUAUAGUUGGGGAAUCAACUAGACGAAUGGUAUUGAAGAUAGGAAUAAAACUGGUAUCAACAUUGCCGAGCGAUGCAUCGCUCGCGGUCAAAGAAAUUCUUGCCUGCGUUCUCAACGAUGAAACGCUAACGAUUGAAAAAUUAACAAACAACUUAAACAGCUUGAAGCUCACCGUUGACAACGAGAAAAUACAUAAAUUGGUGAAUUUGCCACCCGAUCUGAGUAUUAUCUACGGUGAAUACGUGUCGUCGAGCGGAUGUUGGGAGCAGGCGGCGAUGCCGAGAGACUGGCUUUAUUUGCCCCUCGUAGCCGUUUACAGUAGCAAGAAGAAUCACGCGAACGAUUGGAAAAACAUUGACACGACAAAAAUAAUCGUACUACUGAGUCUCGAAUUAUCGAUGCCGGAAAUCGUCGAAAAUCUCUCACCAAGUCUUCGUUUCAGCAGACUCUUGCUUAUUUAUCUCUGUGACACCAUCUAUCUCGACGAUAACAUAGCGAUUUUAUUGAACGAGACUCUGCGACAAUUACUCAAAAAAUAUUACAAGGAAUUCAAUUUCAACACUGCAUUACCAGGACUAAGUUCGUUCACGGAUCUUUUUACAUCACUUUGCGAAUCCUUCUGUGCUAACUCAUACGGAAACGAUGGAUUUUCCAUGGCUCUUAUCAUCCCACUUGGACAACGUCACGAUGUUCAUUAUCGUAAAUUAUUAUGGUCUGAACACGCUGCCGCACUAAGAUACAUAAGAUUGAAAGGCGAUAAUUUGGCUGUACCUUUGACAGAGUUUCUCUAUCCGGUCGAACAAGACGCCACUUUGAUCGAAUCUUAUAUGACAGCCCUUGUCAGAGGAACUGUCAAAAGUACUUGGUGCCCUCUUAUGUACGAAAUAGCUAUGCAUCACUCCGCCAUGUACAUACGAGGAAAUACUAGAUUGGCAACUGUAAUACGUAAAAAAAUUAGCGAAUUGAAAGACAAAGAGUUGGCCUAUUCUCUGCUCAACUAUGAACCUCCCAAAAAUAUGUGAGCUGCGAAAUUUUCAAAACUUUGUUUACUAUGUUACCUAAAAAUAAUAGCGUUUGAUGAAAAAUCAGAUUUCUUAUAGCCAAAAAUGUACUUCUACAAUCGAAAAACUUCGAAAAUGCAAGCGAAGGAUUUAUUUCUACUAAUUGAAAAAAAAAAACAAAAGUAAAUAUUCAGACGAUCAAUCAUUUCAAAUAUUUAUUUGUCUUUUCUUUCGACAGAACGAAUUUUCCCAUUCGGUUUACACUCACUGUACAUAUUACAUCUUUGAUAUACGAUCUCAAAACCGCGCAAGGGAUCGAGACAAAAUUCAGAAACGAAAUUAAUAUUUAAGAACGAUUUUUCUCUCCUUUAUUCAACGCACUAUAAUUUCCUCGCUGUUUCGAUUUCUAGUUUCGAACUCUCCUUUUCUGCUUUACAUACAGUUUAUACUUUCAGUUAUUCGUAAUUUACGUGAUAUGUUUUCGUUGUACAAGAAAUAUCGUUGAUGCGCAUAAAAUGUAUUAUAUUUUAUCUCUCCGCUUACUCCGCUAUUGCACACUCUGUAUUUCUUACUAUGAAGCUGUAACAACGUAUACAGGUACCGAUCAA